AAUUAUGAAAAUCAGCAACUUCUGAAUUUCACUAAACGAUUCGGUCUGGUAUAAAAAAAUGACAAAAACACCUUCCAAUUGAAGGUGAAAACCUUCAAAGUCAAAUUUUAAUUUUUGGGUGCCAGCAUGUUACCCAAUGAAACUGACCAAGAACCCAAAACAAUGAAGGCAAAUGAGGGCAAUUUACAGUUAUAUGCACGCGCUAACGCCCCUAGUAGGGACUAUUAUGGAUUAACAAUAACCGGAUCGUUUAUCAAUUUGAACAUCUGGAAAGUCAGUUACGGUCCCCAUACAAUGCCCAAACAGCGACACUGCAGUCUUGAGGACUUCCGGGAUGACAAAGUCAGCCAGGAUGAAAUUCGGCGCAUUUUCGGAGAGGCAGUUUUUGACUAUGUGCUGGGAUUGGCGCAAAAUCGGCGCAAAUUGGAAAACCUGCCCCCCAAGCUUUUUUUGCAUAUUCUUGGGUUUCUACGCAUUGAAGACAUUCUGCGCUUGAUGUGCUGCUCGAAAAUUAUAUGUGAGCUGUGCAACCAUGAACACGUGUGGAAACUGAUGUUUAUGAAAAAGUUUGGAAGGCAACCCUCCAAGGAGGAGAAACUGCUGGCAAUUGACAGCUCUUGGAGGGAGGUAUUCAAGCGACGCCUCCUGUACGUUAGGAAAGCGCUUAGAGACAGUGCGGAGCUGAAAAUUAAAACUAAACUAAACCUAAAGGGAAAAAGGGCUUAAUAUAGAAUCGAUCGCAGCAAAA